CUGGACCUUCUUCCCCUGUGCGCCCCCAUUAUCGCCUCCCAGCCGUUGGAUCUCGGAUCUACGGCGCAGGGGCAUUCGGGAGAUCAACAUGGUGGGAAACUCGCACCAGAGAGUGCUGGCAAGUCACCUGCACUUCUUGCUCUCGGGCCACGUGGAUGCCAGGCUGUUCUAUGCGCACGCCAGUCACACCCUUGUGGCGACCAAUGCACAGAAGGAGACUCUGAGAAUCAACUUCUAUUGGGUUGAUGGAAUCUACCGCAACGGGGAGUUCGGAUGCAG